CGCCAGCGCCAGCUCCAGCGCUGCACCCCGACGGCUCCCUGCUGUUCCGCUCGGCUGCUGCCCGGAGCCCCGUUUACAGUUGGCUUCCUCGCUGCGUCCUCUAGACUCGCCUAUCCCUGGGAUCCAAUCCCCACCCAGGCCGGGAGAAGACGCCAGGGGGUGUGGGGGGUGGGUCGGGGUGGGGGGCGGACGCUACAGCCCCCCCUGAAGAUGCAGGAUGGCAACAGAGCCGCCGCCGUCGAGCCUUGCCUACCGCACCACGGGCUCCACCUUGUUGCAUCCGGUCAGCGACCUCCUGGGCAUCCCGCUGGACCAGGUGAAUUUUGUGGCCUGCCAGCUCUUUGCUUUAUUUGCUGCUUUCUGGUUUCGCAUCUACCUGAGUCCUGAGAAGACAAACUCUGCUGUCCGCCAUGCCUUUGCCACCAUUUUUGGAAUCUAUUUUGUCAUCUUUUGCUUUGGAUGGUAUUCCAUACACCUCUUUGUGUUGGUGUUAAUAAGUUAUGGAAUCCUGAUUACUGCAAGUACACGAAACAUUCACAGGUACUCCUUUGUGGUAGCAAUGGGUUACCUCACAGUAUGCCAUGUAAGCCGGAUAUACAUAUUCCACUAUGGGAUUCUCACUACAGAUUUUUCAGGGCCACUGAUGAUUGUGACCCAGAAGAUCACAACCCUGGCGUUCCAAAUUCAUGAUGGAUUGGGCCGAAAACCUGAGGAUCUCACUCCUGAGCAACUUCGACUUGCUAUAAAAGUCAGACCCUCUUUCUUGGAAUACAUAAGCUACCUUCUCAAUUUCCUGAGUGUCAUAGCUGGGCCCUGUAGUAGUUACAAGGACUAUGUAGCUUUUAUUGAGGGGAGGCACAUACACAUGAAGUUGCUGGAAAUGAACUGGAAGCAAAAGGGUUACAGCAGUCUUCCUAAUCCUUCUCCAACUGGAGCAGUGAUGUACAAACUGUGUAUCACGCUGGUAUCUCUCUUCUUUUUUUUGACUCUUACGAAGACCUAUCCUGUCACUUGCCUGGUUGAUGACUGGUUUGUCAAUCAAGCAUCUUUUUUGCCAAGACUUGGCUACUUAUAUAUUGUUAUGCAAGCAUCAAAGCCAAAGUAUUACUUUGCAUGGACAUUAGCUGAUGCAGUCAAUAAUGCAGCUGGCUAUGGGUUCAGUGGAAUUGAUAAGAAUGGGAAUUUCUGUUGGAAUCUGCUUUCUAACCUAAACAUCUGGAAGAUUGAGACUGCAACAAGUUUUAAAAUGUACAUAGAAAACUGGAAUAUUCAGACGGCAGUUUGGCUAAAGCGUGUGUGCUAUGAGCGGGCUCCCUGGUACCCUACGGCAUUAACAUUUAUCCUGUCUGCAUUGUGGCAUGGUAUCUAUCCUGGAUAUUAUUUUACAUUCAUAACUGGAAUCCUGGUUACAAUAGCGGCCAGAGCAAUGAGGACCACCUGUCGAUAUCACUUCCUUUCUUCAGAAGCUCUCAAAGCAGCCUAUGAUGUGGUCACGUGGGCUUUCACUCAGCUGGCUGUCUCUUACACAGUGGCACCUUUUGUGAUGCUGGCAGUGGAACCAGCCAUCACUUUGUACAAAUCUUUGUAUUUUCACUUACACAUCAUAUGCCUCCUGAUAAUUCUAAUUCUGCCCGUCAAACCACAAGCCAAAAAGCAGUCUCAGAUGCUGAACUCUUUUCAUAACAAGAAAAAAACCUGAUACAAGAAAACUGGGGCAAGCAAAAUGCCUGUGCCAGAAAGAAAACAGGGGUGUGUAUUUUAUAAUGUUAAAACAUUCAUUAAGGCCUUGGGAUUAAGUGAUCUUUAAUGACCCAAUCAGAAGGCCUAAAGGCAAAGUUUACAGGCUUCUGACUUUAAAGGCAGGGAAUAUUUUUUAUAGUCUUUUUUCAUGUAUUUAAAUCUGUCAUAUGUAUAGUUUGUUUUAAUAUUUUAUAGGAUAUUUGGUGUGAGGGGUGUUUGUGUGUGCGUGCGUGUGCGUGUGUGUGUGUGCGUGUGCGCGCGCGUGUAUGUGUGUGUGUGUGUGUGUGUGUGCGCGUCUGUGUCUGUGUCUGUGUCUGUGUUAGAGGAAGUGCAAGAGCUGGAGAGGCAGCCCAUUUGGGGUUGUUUAUUCUUUGGCUGUUUGGGGCAUUGCUUCAUAUCCUGGCUCAGCCAUGGUGUUCGACCACAAGAAUCUGGAUGUUGAGAACACUGGUGUGGACUCCAGCAGGAAGAGGGAGAUUGUAGAGAAGACUAUCCCAGCUUGUCAUGGCUUUCUCAUGCCAGAAAACACUCAGGACUGGGAUAUUCCUUUGGAGACUCUGACUCUCUUGCAGUGACACCUGCUGGUUUUGGGGUACAUUUUUGUUAUUUCACUGAAGAUGGAGCCAGAGGACCUGGCGGCAGACUGAGAUGUGCAGGAUGUGGACAGGAUCCUUUGUCCUGCAGAGAGUUACCACAGAAAAUAAUUAUGGAUUGGAGAUUCAGAACUGCCCUUUGACUAGGCUGCAUUUUUUCCAGGGGUGUAAUGAUUUCCUAUUAUGAACUGAACCUACAUGUGAAUUGAGGAUGCCUCACAGUGCUAACAUUGGUCAUUUAAAUUGAGAGGACUGUUUACUGAGGGACAGUCCAGUGAAGGCCAAAUGUUCACUCUACCAAAUGUAGCCUGUGUCCUUUUGAAGGAAAAUACCAAAAAUAACUCAUGUAAUCCGAAGUUUUUCUUAACUUGUUCAUUUUUUCUCCCAAUGGGUUGGUAAGAACACCCAGUUGCUAUAGAUUUAAUUUGUUACCCUUAAUUUGUCUGAGUUGCAAGUGAACAAGGGUGUAUUCUGUACUGAUCUUCAAUUUCCAAAGUGUCAGAGCUGAAUAAAUUCAACUUUAUUUUUUAGCUGAAUCAUCAGAUUGGAAAGCAAAGGUUGAACAAACAAUUUUCUUUUCAUCUUCUUGAUAGAAAGCUUUCAGAGAAUGUGUUGUAUUUAACUUUGGAAGUUUCUAUUGAGUAAUAUUGUUUUGGGGAGAAGAAA